AUGGGCAGGUUGAGACUGAUGAGCCCGAGGACGUUGGCCUUGAGGACGGUGCAGAGGCAAACUGCGGCCUCGAGGUCAGCCAGCCCCUUAAUUAGGCUGCAGCAAGGCUCCUUCGGCGGGGUGCCGAGCUGAAUGUUGAGCAGGCCAUUAAGAACGUUGACGCAGACGCCGAGCUUGAGGGCAUCAAUGGGGCACUUGCCCCCGAAGGGAAUCGGCGUCUUCGGGGUCGGGAACGGCUUGGGCUUGGGCUUGGGCUUGUGCGGCGAGGGGCAGUUCCCGGCACUGACCAGGGAAAAGAAGAGCAGGUUCAGGGCGAGGAAGAGGGCUGCUGAUGACUGCAUCUUGGAGGCCAUGACAACACACUACGGUUCCUUACUGUUGCACCACUACGGAGUGUAUUGCAAAGGCCUCGGAUUUGGUAUCUGAGGAGAGCAGCACUCUACAUUUAUAUAGGAGUAGAAGAAGAGAGAGGGGACCGAGGAGGGGUAGAGCCGGUUAUUUCUAGAGCGAGAAGGAAGAAGCCAGUUGUACGUCCGUGUGGGCUAGGGCAGCCGGGAGGUUCUCCCGCCAUGUGCAUGAGGGGGGCCCAGGGGAGGGGGGGCUUGUAGCUGGCAAGGAGGAAGAGAGGGCCGGAUAGGUCGAUUCCUUUGGAGGAUUGCGCCUUCGGUGGGAGGAAGCGAACAAAUUUGCUUCCCUGGCUUGGUCCAAUCGCAUCCACCAUAGAAAAUAUCACUGCACCACACCGCAUCCCACCUUCCCCCUCCCGCGUCGGUUUCUCAUUCUCCGUAACUACUGCAUGUUGAAAAGGUCAUCCAUAAAUUGAUGGAUAAUGAAUAAAUAAAAUCUGCGUAAAAAAGUGGUCUAAGAGUGUUCAAAUAUUGAACUACAUGAUUCUCACGGAGCACAAGAUUCAUACGGGACGUCUAGAUUUGUUCAGAAAUGUAG